CACCACGGUGAAGGUACCUACUACGACACCGGAAUGGGUGCCUGCGGAGGCGUCAGCAAGGACUCCGACAGAAUCGUGGCCAUCUCCCAAAAGGUGUUCAACCAAUACAACGUCAACAACAACCCCAACAAGAACACAUUGUGUGGCAAGCAAAUCGAGGUUUCCUACGAAGGCAAGUCCACCAUCGUGACCGUGGUUGACUCGUGCCCUGGCUGUGCUCCUGAUGACUUGGACCUUUCUCCCUCUGCCUUUUCCGACAUUGCUGACAAGGAUUUGGGCAGAAUCAAGAUCGACUGGAAAUGGGUCAACUAA